UCUAUUAAAAAGGUUAUUCUAUAUUUUACAAUUAAAUGUAUAUGAAAAUCAAGGGAUACAAUUGCAAAUUGUUCUAAAUCAAUAUUUUAUUUACAUUCAUUCAAAAUAUAAAAGAUGUUCGGGUUAUCAAAAUUAGCUCAGCCUUUGGCUAGGCAAUCCCUUCAAGUUAUAUCCAAGAGAACAAAUAUUGCUGUUAAUGGACCACCAGAAGUCAGAAUGCCAAAAUGGAAACAAUUACUCAUUGGAGGCUCUGUUUGUGGAUCAACACUGAUUAUACCUAUUUGGGUUUUAUAUGACUUAAAGAACCUUCCCAGAUAAAUGUUAUUCUAAUUAAUAUUUUCAUUGCAUUAUAAUAAAAUUAGACAUAAUUAUAUACAAUGUUUUUUUUUUCAUAGAAAUAAAAUAAAAUUUUAGUAGAAAUUCUACUACUGUAACA